UGACUAGGAAUUUAUACGUACCCAGGCUGUGAAUUAGAGAUGCAUAUUUUCUUGAGCUAUCUGGUGUUAAAGUUGAUCUGCUCAUAUAUGAAAUAAAUACGCACAGGAUGACUUUUAUUUAGCUGUAUUAUUUAACUUACAUAUGUUCCGAUUUUAUAAUUAUCUAACCACUUAUUGUACUGAGACGCAUGGAUGUAGUCUGAAUUUCUUUACUUUCUGAAAGAAAUGGUGCAUAUUCAUGUCAGAUACGCUCCUUUGUUUCCAGAUACACUAUCAUACUUUGAAAUGUUCUUCAGCAACAUACGAUACGUACAGUAGAUCAAACAGUUAAAGGUAGUAGACUGGUAAACACUUCGAACAUAUACAUGCAUAUCUUUGGCUUACAUUUCUUUAAAUCCAGAUAAAUUUAACUGAUCCUUCCAUAGGCAUUAUUAAUCUAUGAAAAAAUAACUCUUCAAGAUUAUUGUGAUUAGUGAUGAAAACUUUUCUGAAGUCAGUAUGGAUAUAAUUCAAUCCCAAAUGGUGAAUUUAUCGAAUGAUUGAACUAAUGUAUGCAAAUAAGGCCGUAGUUGAAGAGAUGGUACACUACCGAAACUGGACACAUUGGCACAGACUUCAGUGUACAUCUAAAAUUUAUCUUUUGGCGUAGAAUUCACUUAUGAAAUCUCAUCAUUCAUUCCAGAUGAAAAGCGUCAACAGAGAAGUUUGAAAUGUUGUAAACUAAUUCAACAAGUUAUUUUAAACACGAGGACGAAAUUGAAAGGAUUGGAUACCAACACCGUUAACCCUUCUGACUGAGGUUACUUUAUACUACUUUACUAAUCUCCCAGUAGUUUUUCCACCCUUUAUUUUUAAAUGACUCCAGUGAUUCUCAGCUGUAUGAAAUAUUGCUAAUAUGGCUGGUUGCAUUCUAGUCACAACACACUAGAAAUAUGCAAUAAUGACACAUCCUUUCAUCAGUUUACAUAUUAUUUAAAUAUUUGUAUUAUAUACUGUGUUAAAUAACAUAACAUGAUUCGCAGUGAUUGUGUUUGUUUUCCAUAUAACCUGUUUGAAACAGUAAACUGUGGAACUUAUUCAGUAACCGAGUUAAGCUAGUACUGUUGACCCAACUAUUGUACAAAAAUGUUGCUGAUUACCAGUCCCACAAGCCUUGAAACACACUUCGAUUCAUAAACACUCACGUAUACUUUCACCUUGCUAUUAUGCAGUAACUAAAACGUACUAUCAACACAAAGAUAUAUGGAUGUCUGCUGAACAACCCUGUGUAAAAUGCAAAUGCCAACAUGGAAAAGUUCACUGUGUUGGUGAACCUCACCAGUGUCCAUCAAUAUGUUUACCUGGUCAAUAUAGUUUACUCACCGGUCCAUGCUGUCACACUGUUUGUAAAGGUUCAGUGCCAAAAAAUGCAACGUUUGAAUUUGCAAGUUGCUUAAAAUCAGGAGUUGAAACUUUACAUUCACAUGGUGAAAUGAUUACCCUGUCUGGAGUAUGUGUUGAUCAAAAAUGUCAGUGUGUCAAUGGUCGUUGGAACUGUUUUGAUUAUUGUACACCGUUAUCCGAAUUAUCUUGUCCAACAGAAGAGAUGGUAGUAUGGGAUCCUUUCUGCUGUCCUAGAUGCCAAGGUGAUCAAAUAUGCACAGUGAACGUUGAUAAGAAAAACUGGUUAUCUGAUCCAAAUGACGGAAGCAAUGUAAAUUCAUUCCGAAGACUUGAACAAGAAUCACUAGAAUGGUCAGAACUCUCAGAUAAUCAACGAGAAGAAGAAGCUGUGGAUAGUCAAACUUCAAUCACCAACAGUACAGUAAAUACCGAGGCAAUAACAAUUCAACCAGGUCAACAGAUAGUUUUGAAACAAGGACAUUGUUUUUGUCUUAGUGCUAGCAUUUAUUGUCCACGGCCAGGUCGCCUUAUCUGGCAUGAAGAUGACUGUUUUUAUAUGAAUGGACAAGAAAUCUCCUAUCACCCUGUUGGAACACGAUGGAUUCCAAACGGAGAUCAUUGUACAGAAUGCAUCUGUGAAGCUAAUCAAACAUAUCGUUGUAAACGUCAAACAUGUCAACAAUUAUUCCUAUGCCCAUCUGAACAAAUCCCAAUGACAAGUGAAGAUGAAUGUUGUCCUUCAUACUGUGGUCUACCAUCUGAAAAAGAUCAGGCUAAAUCAUACAAUUACAUACAAGAUAAACAAAUGAAUGAUGAAUCAAAUAUGGGAAAAACCUUAUCAAACAUUGAUGCACUGAAGUCAGAAAACAAAAUUGUAACGAUACUUACAAAAAAUGAAAGUAAUCUAGAGAAGCUAUCACUAUCAUUCAAUAAUGGCUGUUCAUCAUUGAUCGAUAAUGAAAAUAUUGUUCAGUAUCCAAAUGUCUUUCCUUCAGGAUCUCGUCUCUUAUUGAUUCGUUCAUGUCGCAGCCUACUGUGCAUUUGUGCUAAAGACAAUAGAUGGGUUUGUACAGAUCAUUGUCCACCGUGUGAACAAACCUUGGAGUCAAUUGAAAAUCUAAGACAAAUAUCCCCUCCACCAAAGGAUAAGUGCUGUGAAUUAUGCAAUGGAUACAACAGUGUGCAGUCAGGUGAGAGAACUAAUAUAAACAGUUUAGCACGUCGACAAGAAAUCAUUCCCAAGGUGAACAACCAAACAAAUCUUCAUUAUCCAUCUGACCAACAGAUAGAUAGAAAUUACGUUUAUGCAGAAAUAAAACAAGUUAAAGUUACACUGAAAAAGUACAUCUUGAUAUUUAGCUUAGUACUGGUGUGUAUAUUUGGUUUACCGAUUAUCAUACUGAUUGGAUGUUAUUUCAUGAGAAUUAAAUACAAUGGUCGACGUAAGAAUGGAUUUCACUAUACUUCACCGAAAGUUACAAGAUUAGGUUACCGUUAUUAUUAUCGACAUUGUUAUUCACACGAAAAACCUUUUAUAACCAAUCUACGCAAUCCUCACAACAAAGAUCAAUCAGGGUUAGAGGCAUCUGUACAAUCAUCUUUCCACUCCUCCUCCUCAUCAUCAUCAUCAUCAACUUCGUCGUAUUCUUCUUUACCGGUGUUAAUGCUAAAAGAAUCUGACACCCCAAGUGAAAGAGGAAUUUAUAACUUGACAGCAGCCACAUCACCACCACUAGCAAUGAACAAAGCAACAGAGCAUGAACAUACUUCAAAUUCUAUCCAUCAACACCGCAAACAUCAUCAUCCUCGCCUACCUCAUGCGAUCAGUAACUUCAAAAAACUAAUCUCACCAUCAUCAUCAAACAUUUAUAAAGUAGGCGAACAUAUCAAUACUACUAGUAGUAGUAGUAGUAGUCGUAUGAAAAACAGCUGUAAUCUCAUCGAAAAGUUUAGUGACCAAAUACUAUCCCCAACGACCACAACAGUGACGAAACAUACGAAUUCAUCACCCAUGAUUAUUACACUGAAGCCUACAAAAGAAACAAAUACAUCCCAAAGACACGAGAAACAAAUAACCUUAACUGAAUCAUCAUCCGUCGAGGCAGAUUUUACAGCUAAUAAAAACCAAACUAAAGAUGUAGAUGCACAAUGCGAAAUAAAACCUUUAAAAUACAGAAUACCAGUUUUAACAGUACCAGAGAACUCAAAAUCUGCAUUAUCAGAUCAUCAGAAAAGUCCGAAAGAAAUACUACUGAAAAACUUGGUACUUGCAAUCGAUGACAAUAAUACUAAUAAUAAAUCUCCUACUCAUUAUAACAAUAAUACCAAUAAUGAUAGCUCAAGUAAGUCACACAUAAAAAGUGAACCAUCAACACCAAAUAUAUUCAUGCGUAAUGUAACAUUCAAUUCGUAUUAUUCAACAUGUUCAUCACCUUGCUGUUCACGUAGUCCAACAACAGCAAAUGAUCAUACUUCUCAUAGUAAAAAUACAAUACCGACUGACUCGUCAAAGAAUAAUCUCAGUUGUCAACAAACUAGCAAUGUUCUACGAACUGAACAACAAACAGUUGGACAGAAAAGUAAAAGAGAAAAAUCAGAGAAUGAUAAUCCAGAAGAAAGCCAGGCGCAAACGAACAAACUAUCAUUACAAGUAGUAGUCAAUUCAAUUGUGUCUAAAGCAACUAGAGAUGUAACAGAACAGCAGGCAGAAAAUAUAAAUCCUAAUAUACAGCAUAAAGACAGAACGAGUUUAAAUGAAGAAAUGAGUUACACAAAUGAUAAUAACAGUCCACCGAAGCGCUUAACAAACACAUUGAAUCAAAUUGAAGCACACUGCGCCCAUCUUCAGCCUAACGCUAAUGAUAACAGUGAACAUUUUAAUACCAUCCCUAAAAAGCACAACUCUUGGUUAGGCAGUAGUAACAGACCAAUUACAUGGCCAAAUACACAGCAUUUCACAUCCCACAUAAAUCAUCCUAUUAUUCCUAGAUGAAUACAUAAUUCCAAAGUAUACAACAAACAGUAAGUAGCAGCAUAUGUAUCAUUAUCCCCUAUUAAAUCACACAUUUAUCCACAUUAUCAUUAUUACCACCUCAGUGUAUGACUGAACGGUAAAUUGCCAGAAUCACUUCAUAUUCCCCCCCCCCUUCCACUACGUCUACAAAAACAUAUUUAUCGUUUUCUCACCCCUUUAGAUUAUUCUUCUUUACAAUCUGUUUCUAAUUCCAUUUAGAGAGAUUAAAAAAUAUGUAAACAUUUAUCUUGAAUAAACACGAAUUUCACAUCAUG